GUCUACCAGAAUCCAACAUGGCAGCAUGUGGAACAGAGACCACUCCCUGAGAAAAAAGUAACUGUGGAGGUGCUCGAUCACCUGGAACGUCUGGCACUAGUUGACUUCCGCAACUGGGAGGGUGUACAACGGCUGGAGAAAGCAAUCCAAUUUGCUGCUCAACUUCAUGCUGUUAACACAGAAGGGGUAGAACCAAUGGAUUCAGUACUAGAGGAUAGAUGUCUGUAUCUCAGAGAAGAUAACAUCACAGAAGGCAACUGCACUGAGGAGCUAUUGCAAAAUGCCAGAGAAACAGUUGAGGAAUAUUUCGUAGCCCCACCAGGUAACAUCCCUUUACCAAAGCUAGAGGAACGAGAUACUUUUCUGCAAGUCUCCGAGUGAAAGUCAAGGUCUGGAAUGCCACUUUGGCUUUUAAGUCAUCUGUGACAAUUGGCAUAUAUGCAACCAUGGCUGUGGAGUAUCUUGAUGCAAGUGUCUAAUCCCAAGAAUAAUACCCUCACAUAAUUAUUUGAUUUUUCUUCCUUCCUUUCUUCUGUAAGAUUACUUUGAAAUUAAAGGUUUGGUGUAUUUUUCUAGUA